AUGGAUUCAGAAGAGCUUUAUGAUUAUCCUAAAAAAACUGAAAUUGAAUACAGAAAUCAAUCUAGUGACACUUACCAUUAUACGAUUAUUUCUGAAGGUCAUUAUCUGGCACAAUCUAUCCUUGCUAAAACUCAAAAAAAAAAAAAUAAUUGCUAUAGAAUUCCUAAUGAUUACAAAGUUGUAACUUACAACUCUGAAGGAACAUCAAUAUUAUUAGGAACAAUAGUAUUUGGAUUACAACUUAAAUGUGUAGAACAAGUUAGAGAUUCUCACCAUAGAUCAAAUGUUUUUCGGCCUAUUAAAACUCUCAGUAAUUCAGCUAAAAAGUCUCGAAUUAAAUAUAUUGGUGAAGGAAUUCGUGAUUUUAUUAAUAAUGAAAUAACAUAUUUGGAUCAUAAGGAUCAAUUACAAAUAAAGUCACUUACUUUAUUAGUUGGUGAUCAAGAUUGGAUAGUAAAAUAUUCAGAUGAUGAAGCUUUAAAACAACAAAAAAGACUGGCUUUUAUUCAAGCAAUGGAUUAUAAUCAUAUUUCACGAAAUGCUCUUCAUUCAAUAGCAAAAAUUACAACAGAGUUAGAUCAUGAAUAUAUAAUUAGUAAUGAAAAACUUAAUCUUGAUAACUUAAUGCAAGGUAUUAUACCUCUUUAUGUUACAGAUAUUAAUAUAAAUACUUCAACACUAUCUAUAAUAAAUAAUAAAGAAAUUCAUAUUGAUAAUGAGGAAGUAAUUCAUGGUAUAGCAGAAUCAAUUGGAAAGGCUGUUUUAUAUUCUGGUAUCGAAGACUAUCAACUUUUACAAAAAGCUUUAGCACCAUUAAUUCAAGACUUACAAGACAUUUCUAAUAAUAGAAUUGUUGAUGAGUUUAAUAUAAAAUAG